AUGCUGAGUUCCGUGUUCGGAAUCGCCAAUGGAGCUGCCUCAAGCGAAUCGAGCGAGGAGGCCCUAUUGAAGAAACAGGCCGAGGAAAUGGAAGAGGAGGAGAACGCGUUGCGGUGUCUGCGGUCGCUGAGCGGUUCGAUGGAAGUCAACUACGUCGUCCACGAAAUGUUCAAGUACAACGGCACCACCAUCCUCGAGUUCCUGUGUGCGGAGUUGCGGAGAUUCAAGCUCAACGACAUCGAGUUCUAUCUGCCCCAAUUCUGCAAUCUCCUCCUCACACGACAGCAGUACCCACAGGCCAUCGAAGAGUGGCUCAUCGGACUGUGCCGCAACUCGCUGCACCUGGCCCUGCGCACCUACUUCAUCAUCCGGGCGGCCGUCGAGGACUCCAUCCCCGAAACCCUCAAACGUUCACGCCUCCUCGAACGAAAACUCAUGGAACUCGUCCUCGGACCCAACUCAGAUGAAGCGACGAUAUCGUUUUGGUUGGACGAGAUCACGCUGGUCAAGACACUCACGCGCCUAUCGUCCAUGCUCAAUUCCGUGCCCCUCGAACAGAAAAAUACGGCGCUGCGUGCGAUGCUGGGCCAGCUGAACGGUGGACUGUCGGUGGGCCUCUACCUACCCAUCACGCGCGCCGACGACCCCUACAGUUGCCUGCUGAGCGUUGUGGCGGAAGACGCCUUCUGUCUGCCGACUCGCACGCGCACGCCGUUCAUGAUGUUCGUGGAGGUGGCCGAGCUGGGCGGCACCUUCGGCACCCUCGAAGCCUCCCUCGCCCAAUACCGGAAGGACAAGCAGACCGAGGCAUCAGAACCAGAGGACGAAUCCCAGCCCCAAAUCUACACGUUCAAGGGGGUGCCGAUCCACAAUGCGACGGAGCUGAUGAGCAAGUGCGCCCACCCCGACCACGCCCAGGACCAGCCCCACCCACCACCGCAGCAGCAGCCCUGCGACGGUGACCACCCGCCGCCCGGCGGCGCCCAGCCGGCCGACUCGGCCUCGGCCCCCGAGGCCCAGGCUCCACCCGAGGCCGGUAGUGGUGCGUCGCCGGCGGUGGGUGAGAAGUCCAACGCGAGGCGCGCUCGCGAGCCGCAAGUGUUCGACUACGAGCAGCUGCUGGCGGCGAUGGAGGAGCAGAAGCGGGAGUGGGCGCAGUACCUCAAGGAGGAGCAGCGCAUCCCCGGCGCCGACCCGCUGCCAUCACCACAAUCGUCAUCGUCGUCCACGUCAUCAUCGAUGUGCACGUCAGCGUCGUCGUUGUCGUCGUCAUCGUCGUUGUCGACGUCGUCGAUGUCGGCGGCCGAGGGCGGGACGUCGACGAAGGGCGGCAUCCUGGCCCUCUCCGAGAAGCUCAAGACCAUCGUCAAGAAGGUCGAGAACGACAAGGAGGCCCUCAUCUCCCAACUCGCCGCCCUCCAAGAGACGGAGAAGGCGGACGCGCUGGUGGACAGUCCGCUGGGGGACGACUACUUCAUCACGUCGGUGGAGGAGUUCUACUGCGACGUGCUGGAGAAGGGCCAGCUCAAGAUGAGCAAGCCGACGACGACGGCGCCGGGCGGGCCGACGCCGUACUACUCGGCGCGCGCCAGGUCGCCCAGCCCGCGCCUCUCCUUUGGCGACGACGACGCGGCCGCCGACGGCGAUACCGACGAGUGGGUCGUCGUGCCCGACGGCGAGAAGGAGAUGCGCCGCACCCGCUACGAACUCAUGAGGAUGGUGGGUGCAGCGGCGGCGUACAAGGAACUGUGGACCGACCGCAAGAAGCGCAUUCAGCAGCAAUCGCCCUUUGGCGGGCUUCCCGGCUGGAAUCUGCAGGCGGUCAUCGUGAAGAGCGAAGACGACCUGCGACAAGAGCAGAUGGCGAUGCAACUCAUCAAAGCGUUCAGCGAAAUUUUCAGCGCCAAACGGCUGCCUCUUUGGCUUCGACCGUACGAGAUCGUGGCGGCGUCAUCGUCGACGGGGUUCAUCGAGGUGGUCCCCGACGCCGUGUCGAUCGACGCCAUCAAGCGACGCAACCCCGACUGCCCCACCCUCACUGCCUACUUCCUCCGCACCUACGGCGAGCGACACACGCCCACGUUCAAGGCCGCCCUGCGGAACUUCGUCGAGUCGUUGGCGGGCUACUCGCUCGUCUGCUACUUCCUCCAAAUCAAGGACCGACAUAACGGGAACAUAUUGCUGGACAUCUACGGGCACAUCGUGCACAUCGACUACGGCUUCCUGCUGGGCACGGGUCCCGGCACCUGGGUCUUCGAGAAGGCGCCCUUCAAGCUCACCGCCGAGUAUGUGGAGUUGAUGGGAGGCGAGACGUCAGACACGUUCCGGUACUUUAGCAUGCUCCUCAUCUCGGGAUUCCUCGAAGUGCGCAACCACUACCACCGCAUCAUCAACAUCGUCGAAAUGAUGCUCCCCGGGUACAAGAUCGGCUGCUUGAACGAGACGACGGUGCCGAUGCUGCGGGACCGGUUCAAGGUCACCCUCUCGCCCGACGAGUGCCAGGCCUUCGCCCAGUCCCUCAUCAACGAAGCGAUGGGGUCGUGGCGGACGAAGCACUACGACAACUUCCAGCUCUGGACCAAUGGAAUCCUGCCCUGA